GAGAGGCUUUUAGAAAUUAAUUAGUCAUGUCAAUAGCUGCUUCCCCAUUCAAUGUUUGGAUCAUUUUUGUUCUUGUAUUGGCAAUGGGAGCUAUUUCUCCUAUCGCUGAGGCUCGAGCAUUUUUCAUAUUUGGUGAUUCACUAGUUGAUAGCGGCAACAACAACUAUCUCGCAACAACUGCCCGAGCUGACUCACCACCUUAUGGAGUUGAUUAUCCUACUCGUCGACCCACAGGCCGUUUCUCCAAUGGCCUCAACAUCCCUGACAUUAUCAGUCAGCAAAUUUGCCAAUCCCAACCUCCGUUGCCAUACUUGAGUCCGCAGCUAACUGGACAGAGGCUUCUGGUUGGUGCCAACUUUGCUUCCGCAGGGAUUGGAAUUCUCAAUGAUACUGGAGUCCAAUUUCUAAACAUAAUUAGGAUGUUUAGACAACUUGACUACUUUGAGGAAUACCAACGUCGAUUGAGUGCUAUCGUUGGACCUCAACAAACUCGCCAAAUUGUGAACCAAGCGCUCGUACUUAUCACCGUUGGUGGCAACGAUUUUGUAAACAACUACUACUUGGUUCCCUUCUCUGCAAGAUCUCGCCAAUUCGCUUUGCCAGAUUAUGUCAAGUAUCUCAUUUCAGAGUACAGCAAGUUAUUAAUGAGGCUAUACAAACUGGGAGCACGUAGAGUUCUCGUGACAGGCACCGGACCAAUGGGUUGUGUUCCGGCGGAACUGGCGACGCGGGGUACAAAUGGCGGAUGCUCAGCCGAACUGCAAAGAGCUGCCGCCUUGUACAACCCGCAAUUACUAAAUAUGCUACAAGGACUGAACAAGAAAAUUGGAAAAAACGUGUUUAUUGGAGUAAAUACUCAACAAAUGCACACGGAUUUCAUCAGUAACCCUCAGGCAUUUGGAUUUACCACAUCACAGGCAGCAUGUUGUGGGCAAGGGCCGAAUAAUGGACUUGGUUUAUGCACAAGAUUGUCAAAUUUGUGCCCCAAUCGUAACCUCUAUGCAUUUUGGGAUGCAUUUCAUCCAUCUGAAAAGGCGUGCAGAAUAAUAGUUCAGCAGAUCAUGAGCGGCUCACCCAACUACAUGACGCCUAUGAAUCUCAGCACUAUCAUGGCCUUGGACUCCAUGUCCUGAUGACGAUACCAUCUUCUUAAUUUUUUGGCAAUAUAAAUGAUUUAUUUCGACAAUGUAUGUCAAAUG